GUUUUUCAUAUUUUGGUAUAUAAAUAUAUAAUCCAAUAAAAAUUAAAUCAAGCAAGGAAAAGAAAAAAUGGUGAGGCCGAUCGGGGAAAGAGAUGACGGCGGCCGUUACAAGGGUGUACGGAUGAGGAAGUGGGGGAAAUGGGUAGCAGAAGUACGACAACCCAAUAGCAGAGGAAGAAUAUGGUUGGGUUCUUACAAGACAGCAGAAGAAGCUGCUAGAGCUUACGACGCUGCCGUUUUUUGUCUGCGUGGGAAUUCGGCAAAGCUUAACUUUCCCGACAAUCCUCCGGAUAUAGCAGACGCGAAUGAGUUGACACCAGAUCAAAUCAAAGAAGCGGCUUUCAGGCACGCACGUAGGGAUGCCGGAGAAGAAGAAACGGAAGUAGCGGCCGCUGCUGCCGGGAAUUCUUACACAGAGUGUUAUUUUGGCGAUGGGUCUGUCGGAGACAGAUCGGGACGUGCUUAUUUUCAUUCUCCUGGUGUUUGGACUUUCUAGCUCUCUACAAUCUUUUUUCUUUUUUUCUUUUUUUCUUUUUUUCCUGAAAUAUUAGUUGAAAAUGGUUCAUUUCUAGAUCCGACGUUAGUGCCAUGCAAAUUUUGAUAGGUAAAGAUUUGUUAUGUUUGUAGAUGGAAAGUUUCUGAAA